UUUAUAUUUUCAUAUCUGUCACAGUAAUUCAAAGAAAUUCUGAACAUAUGAAAUAAUUUUUAAGGUUUAAGGAAAACUGACCCCGAUGGAAUUUAUUGAGCUUAUAUUAAUUAAUAAAUUAGACGGUGUGAUAUUGAAAUACCCGCAUCACGAUAAUGUAGACGGCACAGUAUGUAUUACUGGACAUCAUUUGAUUUUAAGCUCAAGAAAAGAAGGCGUACGUGAAUUAUGGCUUUUACAUAAGAAUAUAGAUAGUAUAGAGAAAAAAGAAAACAAGCCAAUAAAUGGUAUGGCACAAGGAGGUUCUCUUUUCCUAAAAUGCAAGGACUUGAGAAUAUUCCAACUGGAUAUUGGUACCACCCCAGAACUAAAUCUUGUUGCACAGACAUUGGAAAAUUUAUCCAAUAUUCAAGAUCCCAGUCAAUUCUAUCCAUUCUUUUAUAGACAUAUGCAUCCUAUUGUGGAAAAUGGCUACACAUUAUACAGUAUUGAAGGUGAAUUUACAAAGGUGUUAGCAAGUGAAGAAUGGCGUGUGUCUCGUGUUAAUCAGAAUUACACUGUGUGUCCGGGAUAUGCUAAAGCUGUGGUAGUGCCUAAGUGUAUUGAUGAUGAGACAUUAGCAGCUGCAGCAUCAUUCAGACAGGGCGGUCGAUUUCCUAUCCUAUCUUAUAGACAUAACAAUGGUGCAGUGCUAUUACGCGCAGGUCAACCAUUGUCUGGUCCAAAACACAGGCGAUGUAGACCUGAUGAAGCCAUAUUGAACUCUGUAGUGAAUGUCGGCAUGAAGGGGAUCAUUUACGAUUUAAGAAGUACCAAUGCUAUUUCACAGCAACAGAAUAAAGGUGGAGGAUCAGAAAGUGCGGCAAAUUAUUCUCAGUGGAAAAUUUACAAUAGAUCAAUGGAUGACGUUGAUAAUCAACAGCAGCUGCUGGAGAGCUUCUCCAAACUUAUUGAAGCGUGCAUUGACAAAGAGAUAUCUAGUGACAAGUGGAUAUCCCGGCUGGAGUCGUGUGGCUGGCCGGAGUCUGUGAGAAACUCCUUGCACACAGCCUGCAUCGUCGCACAACAUUUGCACCAAAAAGCGGAAUCCGUGUUGAUCCACGGCACCCGCGGCGAGGACGCCACGCUGCUAGUCUGCUCCCUGGUGCAGAUCAUUCUGAACCCAGACUGUAGGACUAUAAGAGGUCUCCAGGCUCUGAUAGAGCGCGAGUGGUUGCUGGGCGGGCACCCAUUCGGCAGCCGGCAGCGCUCGGGCGCGUUCAGUCAGUCACAGCCGCGCCCCGCAGCAGCUCCCACAUUCCCACUCUUCCUCGACUGCGUCAGACAGUUCCUGGAGCAGUUCCCCUGCAGCUUCGAGUACAGGCAAUCCUUUCUCAUCACUCUCUUCGAGCACUCCUAUGCUAGUCAAUUUGGUACAUUCCUGUGUGACAACGAGCAGGAGCGCUCAGUGCGCGGCGUGUACUCACAGACGACCAGCUUGUGGUCGUGGCUCAACCAGCCUGAGGAGUUGGCCGCCUUCAUCAACCCACUUUAUGACCCAACACCCAACGUCAUCUGGCCCUCUGUAGCUCCAAUGAGCUUCGUUAUCUGGGAAGAGCUCUACUUACGCUGGUUAAUACCUCAAGACACUGAGGAGCGUGAGGAACAGUACAGAGCUAUAAGAACUCGGGAACAACAGCUCAGGGCCCAGGCUCAGCAGAUGAGGAGGGAACUGUUCGAACUUGCACACCAGUACUACAAUACUGAGAAGGCUGCUGAUAUUUAACUGAUGACGUCACAACUGCUGAUUACGUCACAAUAUAUUAUUGCGACAAACUUACGCGACCUGGUGGACUAAAAUGAAACUAAAGUACAAUAUCACAUUUCCCCCC